UCAAAUAAAAUGAUUUCCUAAAAGGGCUCUGUGCACUUAAGGGAGCCUGGUGAUUUGUAUCUGUACAUGUAUAUAGUCACUCUGUGUGGGACAAUGUUUGCCCACUGGGCAAAAUCUAGGAAUUAGUGAAUGAAUUUGAUGCUUUUUCCUCAGGUGGAAAUACUUGGCCUUUUGAUUGCUAUUCUACGUAAAAGUGUUCCUAAUCUACAAGCAGCCACRAAGAUUGGUUUGAUUGAAAGAAUCUUGUGGCGAUUAUCUAAUGAACCAGAAAUUGUGGCACAUAAACUUGUGGAGCUUCUUGGAAUUCUCUCAAGCUACAGUAUCACUGUCAAAGAACUCAAAAACCUGCUUGGAGCCUUAAAAGGAGAAAAGGAAAAAUGGCCCAGACAUGCUAUUAAGUUACUAAAAGUACUGAAACUGAUGCUUGAGAAACAUGGACCAGAUGUCUACUUUAACUUCACUGGACAAGAUGGAGCC